AUGCCUCUGACAGUAUUCCAUUUUGGUUUGCUUAUCGUUUGUACUUACGGAUUUGAGAAUCUGGCUAUUGGAAAAUCUACUUGGCAAAGCACAACACACGACUCCACCGUUCCUUCUCGAAAAGCUGUUGACGGUUCAAAAUCAGAUUUGUCCUAUAGUGGAGGACAAUGUAGCAUUUCAAAAGAUGGGCAAAGAAGUGUAACAUGGUGGGUAGACCUCGGGACAAUAUCUAGCGUGUAUAACAUUGUCAUUUACUACAGGACGGACGGAUUUGUAUGGAAUGCUGCUAAUCCGUACACAGAGAGAUUUCUAGGGUUUUCUUUAUAUCUUUCCGAUGUCUCAAAUAAAAAUAGAGGUCAUUUAUGUUUUCAUGAUACAACAUAUACAAAAGCUACUAUUCCGGCCGUCGCCAACAUUAGUUGCCCUGUACACGGACAAUUUGUCAUCUAUUACAAUGAAAGACUUGCAAACACAGUUUAUCCAGUUGGAUAUUCUACAAACGCAUUUGCUGAACUUUGUGAAGUGGAAGUGUAUGGUUGUUCUGAUCCUCGACAUUAUGGUUUAGAUUGUUCCCUCCCUUGUCCUACAAAUUGCAAGCAGUACUGCCACAUAGAGUCAGGGAAUUGUUUGGCGUGUAAGCCUGGCUAUAAGGGUGAACGUUGUGAACAACUUGGAACCUACUCCCCUCCACCCCCACCCCCACAUACGAAAUUAAAUUUUCGAGAGUGUGGUGAUAGAAAAUUUGGAGAGGCCUGCAGUAAGGAUUGUGGUGUCUGUUUGGAUUACCAACAGUGUGACCACAUAAACGGAAUAUGCCCUGCUGGAUGUGAUAGGGGUUACGUUGGAACACUAUGCAAAGAUGCAUGCUUGUUAGGAACCUUCGGUCAAAACUGCAAAGAAAAUUGCUCGAAAAAUUGUGCCAAAACACACAGAUGCGAUUUCAAAGAUGGAGAGUGUGAGGGUGGAUUGUGUAGAAACAACAAAUAUGGAUACAACUGUGCAGAAGAAUGCAGAAAAGAAUGUCUUAAUAACACAUGUAGUCCUAUUGAUGGCACCUGUGAACUAGAGCAAACCCAGGAAGAAAGUUCCAUUCCUCUGAUUGCUGGAAGCAUAUCCGGAAGUUUGAUUGCUAUUUUGGUGGUUAUAAUAGUGGUAGUGGUUGUUAAACGGUUAAGAUCCGAGAAAAGUGAUAGUGAUGCUAGAAAAGCCAAUAAUAACCCUUUAUACACAACCCAGAAAUUUCAAACACAUUUUAGCAGCAUUGAUUCACCAAAACCAGGGGAAAAUUACGUAAAUAUUGAAAUUGAAAAACCAGUCAUUGUCCCCAAGAAAAGUAGCGAAGUUGAUGUCGAUGAUGAUGAAUUAAAACACUCAGAUAACCCUUAUGGAGACCUAUAUAUGAAUGAAACGACUGUUCCUGACAUUCCAUUAAAUCAGUUAGAGUCCGUGAUUGCUGAAAAGAGGAAGAAUGAUGAUGACGGAUUUCAAAAAGAAUACUUUGGAUUACCGUAUGGGGAGCAACACAAGUGUGAUGCUGGGAAGAAAGAGGAAAAUAUUAUCAAAAAUAGAUUUAAGACUACAUUUCCCUAUGACCAUUCAAGGGUAAUGCUUUGCACAAAGCCAGGAUCAGACUACAUAAACGCCAACUAUAUAGAGGGCGCAGAAAGGGAGAGAGAAUACAUUGCCGCACAAGGACCAAAGCAAAACACUGUUGGUGACUUUUGGACGAUGAUUUGGCAAGAGAAUGUAUCUGUUAUUGUAAUGCUGACGAACCUGAGAGAAGGAAAUAAGCCAAAAUGCGCUCAGUACUGGCCCAAUCCAAACAAACACAUCAACUACGGUACUGUGUCUGUACAGAUGACUGAAGAAAAAUCAUUUGCAUUCUUUGUUGUAAGAAGACUGUCUGUAAGCCAUAAACAGACCAGAAAAUCCCGUAUGGUGACCCAGUACCAUUACACCUCUUGGCCAGACCAUGGAACCCCAGAGCCUCUCUGCCUUAUCGGCUUCCUUGACCACGUUACCAGAACAGGAACCAAUCAAAAGAAGUCACCAACGGUUGUACACUGCAGCGCGGGGAUUGGUAGAACGGGGACGUAUAUAGCAUUAGACGUCCUGAACCAGAUAGGAAGAAAGACAGGAAAAGUAAACGUAGCAGAAUAUGUCAAGAAGAUGAGAGAAAACAGGAUGAAUAUGGUCCAAACCUACGAACAAUACAUCACCAUUUUUCUUGCGUUAAAUGAAAUAUUCAAAUCCCCGGUGAAUACCAUGACGAUUGCUGACUUUACUAAAAUGGCGGAAAAUAUUGCAUCUGACAAACCUGUAAACCACAGUGCGCUUCGAAAAGAUUUUCAGUUACUGAUGAAGAUACGCCCUGCCUACACAGAGUCUGACUACAAGUUAGCUAAUCAGAGCUCGCGAGGUUUACACUCCAAUGCCAUAUUACCACUGGACAAAUAUAGCCUCCACCUUUCAUCAAUUGUACCGAGACGAGGCAAUUUUAUCAAUGCUAUAUGUGUACCAUCGUUUGUCAACAGUAGAGGAUUCAUAGUGACGCAAUAUCCAUCGACAGAGGACGCUGUUGACUUCCUGCGCCUGCUCAAUGAUCAUGAAUCUGACAUUGUCAUCUGCAUGGACCCACUUAAUGAGAUUGAAUCGAGCAAAGCAUGGUUGCCAAGUCCCUCUUCCUAUAAAUCAGUCCCUCCUUUUACCGUUCACUGUCAGUCUAAAUCCGGAACUGACGUCAGAAAUACCACCAUUCACAUCCUCCAGAAAAAUAGUGAAGAGGAAGCUCAUUCAGUUACGAUCUUAGAACCACAGAUCUGCAUUAAAACAUCCGAAAACUCUCAAAACACUUUCCAACUUAGAAGUUUGGUAUCUGAGGCUUUAAACCUGAAGACAGAAAAUCCUAUUACGAUCUUCAGCAGUGAUGGAGCGUCUCUGUGUGGUGUUUUCUGUGCUGUCUAUAACGUGAUACAACAAAUAAACAUGGAAGACAGAAUUGAUGCUUUUACUGCCGUCAGACAGCUACAAGUUCGAAGACCAGAGUUUUGCUCUAAACUUGAUGAGUAUUGUCUUGUCGUUAAAACUGUUUAUGACUACAUUCAGAGUUCCACGGAAAACAUGUACUGUAAUCAGUUGAACUGAUGAAUC